UCGUAAUUUCAUAGUGAUAGGGUGUUGACCAGUGAGGAUCAUCGGUUCGAUGGAAGAAUCAUGGAGGAAAGAGAGGUCGGCUUGCGUGAUAAAGAGGUAAUCGAUUCUGGAAUAUUUGUUGUGUGGAGGGGAGAAAAAUGUUUAGACUUUGACAUUCGGGUGGAGGACUCGCCAAGAGUCGUGAAGUUGCAGAUCUUGAAGUUGAGUGUGAAUCUUUCUAAUGGAUUUCGAGGAAGAGUCCAAUAAAGGGCAUAGGGGAACAUUAAGAUCACCUCCCAAGAUUAGGAUACCCGU